UUUGGGCUUAAACAAAACGGGCUUAUGAAUUCCCAAUCCCAAAAGAACUUAAAACGCAAACUUCUUCUCACAACUCUCGCAUCUGACUCUCUCUCUUCGCUCUGCAACAUCUCGCUUGUGUCUCUCGUAUUCUCCUUCUUCCAUUUUCAAUUCAGGUCCAUAUAUUUGAUCGAUGGCGUCAACCGGAGCAGUGCCAUUUUGGAGGGCAGCGGGGAUGACAUACAUAACUUACUCCAACAUAUGCGCGAAUCUUGUCAGGAAUUGCCUCAAGGAACCUCACAAGACUGAAGCUCUCUCUCGCGAGAAGGUCCAUUUCUCUCUUUCCAAAUGGGCCGAGGGCAAGCCCGAAAAACCUACCAUUCGUUCAGACACCCCAGAUCAUUGAUUCGAAAUGGAUAGAAGCUAUGCAAGCAGAAACCUUUGAAAUCUGCCGGAAGUUAUUUUCCAUUGUUCUUUUUUGUCCAUGAUGUAGCACAUGCACUGAAUUUUGGAUUUGCAUGGUUAAUCUUGUAAUAAUUUUAGUUUGAACACAUGGUUUUUAAACUUAAUAAUAUGCUUGUGACUUCAA